AUGUCCGAGAAGAUUCGUGAAUUCGUCGAGGUCCCCCAGGAGUUCUUCCAAGAUGGAAAGCAGUUCUUGACACGGUGCACAAAACCUUCAAAGAAGGAGUUCACGCAAAUCUGCAAGGCAGUCGCUGUUGGCUUCGCAGUCAUGGGCUUCAUUGGUUACUUUGUCAAGCUUAUCCACAUCCCAAUAAACAACAUCCUUGUGGGCGGCGCCUGA